AUGUCGUGUGAUGUGGAGUCUCGCCUGAAGAGGUUCAGUGGGGAGCGGAGCUGGCUAGGAGAGCCUGAUCUUUUCAUCCUGCUGUUGGUGGAAGUCCCCAGUUUUCGGCUUCGUCUGGAUGCCAUGAUUCUACAACAAGAGUUCGACCCUGCUGUGACCUCUCUGUGUGUGGCAGCCAGAUGUCUGAGGGAGGCGGCCAGAGAACUGCUGAGCUGUCCUGAAUUACACUCCAUCCUUCGUUUGGUGCUGAAAGCAGGAAACUAUAUGAAUGCUGGUGGGUAUGCAGGCAAUGCCGCCGGUUUCCGGAUUUCAUCGCUGCUCAAACUGGCUGACACCAAAGCCAACAAGCCGGGAAUGAAUUUGCUGCAUUUUGUAGCUAUGGAAGCUGUGAAAAAAGACCAGAGUUUACUUUCAUUUCCCGGCCAACUAGGCCAUGUUGGGUCCGCCUCCAGGUUGUCUGAGGAGUCUGUGCUGGAGGACUUAUCCAAGUUAAAAAGCAGAGUGGUGGCCCUCAAGGCAAACAUCCAGACUGAGGCAGAGAUUCAACAGCAUACGCAACCUUUCCUAGAGGUGGCUGAGGAGCGUUUGAAGGAGGCGGAGGAUGAGGUGGAGGGCAUGAGGAUGUCUAGCCAGGCUCUGGUGGAGUUCUUCUGUGAAGAUGACAGCACCUUUAAACUAGAAGAGGCUUGCAGGGUCUUCAAUUCGUUUUGCCACCGCUUCCAAAAAGCUGUUCAGGAGAAUGCGGAGCGGGAGCUGAAGGAGCAGAAACGCCUGGAGCGUCAGCGUGAGAUGGGGGAAAAGCGGCGCUCUCUAGCUGUCUGUACGGGGCUGGACCUGGGCCUCAGCCUUGCCAGAGAGCCUCACAGACAGGAGAACCAAGAUGAGCUAGAGAAACUGCUAGAGAAGAACUUGAGCUACACUUGGAACCGACGUAGCCUGAGAAGCUCCGAGUCCCGCAGACUUUCCCAUCACCUCAACAAUGACGGACAUCUCCAUAACUCAUCGCUGUUCAAGAGCUUCCCUGAGCUGGGCAGCAGUCCGACAUCAACCAGUUAUCACUCUAACAGCUCAUCUGACCAUGAGACCGCGGCUGUGCUUUGUAGCUCCCCAGAGACAGACGGCACAUGUUCCCCCAUCGACCAAGAUCCUGUUUUGGGUAGAGGGAGCAGGUCUCAGGACAGCCAAGCAAUUAACCGGCGCAUGGGCGCAGUUCAGGACUCGCACGUUGCUACAUUUAGUCAUUCUCAGCAUGGACGUGGCUUCACAGUCAAGCAACACAGGCCUGAAAGCGUUUCUUAUGUGCUGCAAGGCCGUCCGAAGGCAACAGGACUUGAAAAAGAAGCUGAGAUUUCACAUGAACACGUGGUUUCGAUGACCACUGAAUCUUCACCCAGUUCCUGUACAAACUCUGCUGCUGUACCCACUGAUACAACUGCCCUUUGUGUAAAAAGCCAGACCUCCACUCAUAGACGUAGGUUUGGCCUGGCAGUGACAGACAAUACUCAUUCUAUUCAGAAUAAAUCUAGUGUCGCUUGUUUUGAUGAGUCUGUACCUCUUCAUACAAGUGGAAUACUUUCACACAGUGACACCAGGGCUGGGUCCUUAAGGUACCAGAGAUAUGAGAGCCAAUCACAAUCAGCUGUAAAUGCUCCGGAGAGGGUCCAGUCACAACCACAGGCGAGAGAGACGCCCACCACAACAACAACAACAACAAGUGCUGUGAUGCCUGAUGCAGGUUUAAAGCACACUAACCCUGAAGUAGCAACCACACCUGUGAAGGAGAACUGGAUGACCUCCAGUCUACCCGAGUUCAGCAAAUCACAGCCAGAGGAGUAUUCUGAUUUGCCAAGUCCUGAGAGGGAGACAGGAAGGUCAUACUCCCGUGUGGGUGAAACACUGGAGUGCCACACUCUGGUGAAAGGCCUCCGAUGCUAUGAUGCCUUGUCACCCCCAACCUCUCCACUCCCACGACCCGCACCGAGCCUCUGCUCCAAGUGGAGGAAAGAGAGAGAGGUUGACCUUCGAGAGGGGACAACUCCAGGGUCUCCUACAUCAAAGGAGGAGGCUCGAACUAUGAAGAUCCCUGUGCGUAGUGGAAUAGGGGGCAAAAGGGGACUUAUGUCACGCACAGGACCUUCUAAUAGCACAGGCAUUCCCAGGGUGCGCUCCAAAACUGAGCCUUCAAAUGGAGGUCCAGCCCCUACUAACCCACCCACUCCCACCCGGCUGUCCACUCCUCGCAGCAUUUCCAUGCGUUCGUCUCCUGUCUCACGGACUGCCAUCAGUCAGACAGAGGUGAAACGCAGUAAUAGCACACGUGAGAGGACUAUAAGUGAGACACAGACCCCAGGAAAACCCACCUUGACCCGCAGGACCUCAGACAGAUCCUUACCAGAGAAGGUCUCAGGCAGCACCCAGACAGCUUUCAUCAGAGGAUCUCCUCUCCGUGUGUCGAAACGACUCGCCCCUAACUCUGAGACUCAGGUGCCCUCCCAGCCUCGCACUGCCCACAGCCCGUCCUCCGCCACGGCCAAGACCAUACGCACGGCUGUCAUAUCUGCUGCCCGAAAUAAAACUGCCAAGACAACAAGCACAAGCACCUCUCCUGCUGGCUCUAAAAUCCCCACAGCUUCACGGAUACCUGGUCCCAAAAUGGCUCGAGCCACAGCAGCAGCUCAACCACUGUGGAAGUGAUGGAAGUGAAUAAGUCCUUGUACUGUGCAGUCUUUUCAUGCCUUUUCAGUAAUAUAUACAGUGUGGGUAUUCAUGAAGAGUGUCAUCAGUCAGAUUUCUCGACUUAAUCAGCUGUAGGUCGUCUACAUUCAACUUUUAUGAAAUUCAUAUAUGUAGUUCUUAGUGCUUAGGUUCUACAUAUGUGAGCUUCACUGGGAGCAUUGGGGACUGUAUCUCACGUGCGUAGCCCGAUAGUUGAAUAGUAGAUCCUCCAAAUCCUACCUCUUCUUACACUCAUUCAUGUCCUUUGCAGGCAAUAGGACACCACAAGAAGACCCAAGUAACUUUUGUAGGAAAGGUUAAUUCACGACAGUAAGUCCCAACCAAGUGACAUUACUCUGUGCCUAGUCUGUACAAGUGUGCUUUGAAAGAAUUUGAAAUUCCGGACACAGUUUCAAUCUGUCUUACAUGGGGGAAAAAAUAUUUUUUGUUUGUUUUAGGAAAUCUUCCAAAUGUUUUGAAUACUGUGUCCCUUCCGCUAAGUGAUCAUUGUGUUCUCACACUUGGCGGUCUUACAGUCCAAACUGAACUUGGUACAAUAUUGAACUGUUAAUCCUCUUGUUGAGAGGCCUCAUCGAUGCACUUUACAAACUGAAGAAGAGGCCGAAUGGAGAUGAUUGCUGUCAUGUUUAUUUUAUGUCAAAAGAUUCUAUAACUUUAUUGAAUAGCAUUGGUUGUUAUUCACUGUAUUAUGUGGAUUUAUAAAUAAGAGGAGACGAAUAAAG